GGCGCAAAAUAUUGUUGUUGUUUCUGACUACAAUUUCAAUGGCAAAAUUCCAAUCAAUUCAGCUCUCAGGACAAUCUAUUAAAGAUGCCCUAGUCGAGUACACAAUUCUCGAUAUCAUGAACAACAAUCAAUUCGAAGGCAUUGAAUUUGAUUAUGCAGAAGACGGCUUUCCAGCGUAUAAAUUCCUACCCAUCGCUGAUGUCAAGUCGCCGUAUCGCUUGUUCCUGCCAGAGAAGUUGUAUGAAUUUGCAAUUAUGGCGUCGUUUAGCCCGAAUUCACCCAAGGGCGGUUAUCUAUUCAGUGUGGUGAAUCCAUUGGAUACGGUUGUGCAGUUGGGCUUACAUUUAUCACCUGCGAUAAAAGGCAUGUGGAAUGUGUCGCUGCUGUACACACAAUCCGAGAGUAAUACGAUACGGAAACUAGUCAGCUACCAGCUACCCUACAAGGGCAAAACCUGGUCGAACAUCGCCUUUCAAGUGCUAAGCGAUAAAGUCGUCUUUUAUCACAAUUGUAAAGAGACCGAAACCACAUUAAUUUCUAAGGAGCCCAUGGAGCUUGUUUUCGAUUCCGCAUCCACUUUGUAUGUGGGACAAGCUGGCCCAAAUCUCGGCGGAAAUUUCGAG